AUGUGCUCAUACAUUUACAUCUUAGCUUCUGUUUAUGUUUGUUUUCAGGAUUUGAAUUCAACGAAUGCAAGUAAUUCUACCAACAAUUCUACUGACAGUGCGAAUCUUACUACCUCUAUUAGCACACUCGGCAGGACUGGUUCUGCAUCCAGUUUAUUUAGUUCAAGCAAGUCAGAUAUCACAAUAGCAAAUACCUACUUUGAAAUGCUUUACUUUCAAAACUACACAUUUCUGAAGGCAUCGUUUAAUGAGCUACUAAGUGAUCCUAGAUUGAUCGCAGACAUAAUAACAAUUGGGAUGCAAGUCCAAACUGAUCCAAAUCUAUACGAUGCUCUGUAUACCCUUCCACAAGUGUUUCAACUAGAAAGCUUCCAGACAAUGCUGAAUGCAAGCUUAAUUAUUGUCAAAAAUAUCAAAAGCAUACUGCUGGACAUGGAAGUAUCACAAAAUAUUGCACUAACGACAGAGAUCAGCAUCCUUGACACCACGAGUUACAUAAUUCAGCACAUAGCUAGUUGGGCUGACAAAGUUUCAGAUAUUGCUACUAUGCAGCAACACAAAGAACAGGCUCUCAGUGCCAGUCUUCAGCUAAUUACCCAGAUCCUUGAAACAGCCCAGAUCCUUGAAACGAAAUUUUACCCAACACCAGUGAAUCCUACAACCUCUCCUAAAGAUGUAAAUUGCAGUGCCAGUUUCAGUAACAUGAAUUCAAGCAUUCCUACAAAUGUUACCAGUUUAACCAACUCCUCCAUUGUGGCCAAUGAGAGCUUGAGCAUAAAUACAUCACACUGCAUUCAGAAUGCUACUCCCAACCCUGGAGCUGAUAAGAACAUGAGCAGCUCCAAGAUGAUCAAACAAGUCUUAUCCACCUUGGUAGGAGUAACAAAUGACAGUGCUCUGUGGGAUGGUUUAUUUCAUAUGUUUCAGUCAGGUGACUUCGACAUGAUAGUUGAAUCAAGUAUUACAGUACUCCAACAUGUAAGAAGGGUACUAACAGGCAUAAAGGCAGACUAUGAAAUUUCGAACAUCACGGAUGGAAUCACCAUGAUAAAUAAGAUGCUUCCUGUAUAUCAGCAUUUUCAUAACUGGAAAGGCAAAGAGUUUUAUAGUGUUCUUAAAGACCUUUUAAACAGUACAUCAUAUGUAGAAGAUCAACAGACUCUGAAGACAAUAUCAGAUGUGAACAUUCCAGUUAACAAGCUCUGGAUAUUGGGAAAUUUCAACAGUUUUCAUGAUUACAUCUGUGGUAUCCUGAAUGAAAAAAGUUCUGUGGAUAAAGAAAGUUUAUCGAGACUGUGCAACUUGACCAACCCCCAGCUGCAGAACUUCUACAAAAUGAUUGACAUGUCAAAAGUUGCAGACCAGGUUCUGAGAAUCUGGAUUACUAACAUUUCCCAGUCAGAUGUGAAUUUCACCAUUUCAUAUGCGAAGUACUUGCUACAGAAGAAUUUAACCAAUCAGAAUGAUAGUAGUAACCUGAAUAAACUCAGUCUGAUUCAGAUCUUUCUUAAUAAGUGGUUUGGAUUAACAUCAGACUUGAUCGAAGACCAAAAUGUUUUAUCCCAGCACGAUGUAUGGUACAACUGGUUGAAAAAUAUCAUCACUGCUUCUGUAAAUGUUCUGCAAGAAUUUACAUCUAAUCAAACCAUGUGGGAAGUCCUUGUUCAUGAAUCCUACAUUGUUCAACUUGAAACAGAACUGAUAGAAAUGCAGACAGCACAAUUGCAACAUUUGAAGAAUGUCACAGAGGAACUGUUCACAAUGCUGAAAGAUGGCUCAGCAGUAGAUGAAAUAUUCAAAGGAAUAACCCAAACUCUAGACAUUGUCAUCAUGCAUUGGUUACAGAACAAUACCAUGUCUAUCAGUAACUUCUCAAGUCUGUGGGAUGGAGUCCUAAGCAAGGUUACUAAAGGCUACAUGAAUUUAAGUACCUUAAUGUGUAAUGAGUGCAUUAUAAGCCACAUAAUGGAAGUCGAAAAAUCAGUUAAAAGCAAGGUGGACCUUAUUCAGAACUCACUGAGGAAUAAAACUGGAACAGUCACCCUCUCCCAGAUCUUUGAAGAAUGGGAUUCACUCUACAAAUCAUAUGUCAAUUAUAAUUUGCUUACAAGUGAAUAUGUACAAAACAUGGCUGAAAUGACUACAAAUGUCACACAGUUAUGGGACAGGGGAUUUUCUCACCUCAUGUCUUGGUUCUUUGGUAUCAUGGACAUGUUAGAUCAGACGUUAGAAGAGACACCAAUCUGGACAUGCCUCAAGCCUUUCCUUGAAGGAAUAAAUUGGGCAUUAGCUGUUGCAAGCAAUACCAGUAUUUCAGACAGCUGCUUUUCAGACAGAAGCUGUAACUUCAAUUGGUGGCAGUUCUUCCAAAUGCUGGGAUCCGUAUCAGGGAAAAUGGCAUCUGAUCCAUCCUUACUGAUGAGGAUAAAAAAUGACUCAUGGAAAUAUCUGCAACAAAAUUAUUCUAGAAGCAUCUCAGAUGUCUUACAACAAUGCUUCAACAAGUCUGUGAAUGAAAGCCCUUGGGUUGAAGAUCUUCAAGAUUUUCUGGGACAGCUGCAGCAAUUACUUUAUCAGAGUAGUGACCAGUCUGCGAAUAUAUCCACAAUAAGUUUGACAACAGUGAAUGCAAAUGUCAGUUUGCAUAUAUUUACAGCUUUAAAAGAAGUUCUUCCUAAGGUGCUUCCUUUUCUGCAGGACAGUUUCAACAUGACCCAGCAGUGUACAAAUGACGCAGUUCUUGAGAAUAUGACUUCAGUUGUUUGGAGCCUGAUGCCCUACCAUACAUCUCUGUAUAGCCCAGAGUGGAAACAUAAAGAAAUUUUGCAAAUGAUGGACUGUGUAAUGCCACCCUUGCCUGAGGAAGCACAAACAUAUUACACCUUUGUUGUCAGUACGCUCCUUCAAGAAAUGGGAAACACGGUGAGGAAUGCCAGUACCCAUCCUGUAACUGAUAUCAUGCGUGCAUUAUCAAAAACAGUGUCGAAUUUAAAUAAUGAUUUAAACAGCACAUCUGUGAAUACUUCCAUGGCAUAUAACAUUUUUCAGGACAUUUUUGGCUUUUUGGAAGGUGCCUUAAAGAUAUAUGUUGAAUCUAACCACAGUGAUCAUUCCGAUGCAAUAAACACAAUGACAGUAGUGAUAAGCAAGUUCCAGAGACUUUUAGAAGCUUUCGGUAAAGAUGAAGACAUGGAAGUCCUAACAAAUGUGCUGGAAGCAUUGAAAAUCCACUUAACCAGAAUUCAAGGAAGCUCUUCUCUUGGCAAUAUAAUCCAAAACAUUAUACUAGAUUCCUGGAGAUUGCUUGUGAAGAAUUAUGCUGGCAAUAUCUCUGAGAUCAUAAGACAUUACCUGUCUCAACAAAAAACUGACACAUUUUCAGAAGCUAGCAAGCAAGCAGCAUUCUGGGAAACUCUGAUCCAAGCUGUCUUGAAAAAUAUUGAGCUGCUCACAAACACAACUAUGUCAAAAUUGGCGCAAACAAAUCAAGACCACACAACUGAAAUUUUACACACAGUUCUUGAACAUUUUAAUCUGACAUAUCUGGAGAGCAUUUUGAAUGGCAAUGAAAACAUCAGCAGAAGUCGAUCAGAAACUGUAAAAGCAGUUGUUGAAAACAAACAGCUGUGGAAUGCUUUACUAUCAGAUCCAUUCUCUUCAGAUAACAUCUCAUACAGUCAGUCUCUUCUGGAACUUCAGGCCCUGGUGAAUGAUUGGAUUGCAGUGGAUACAAAUAUCAGACAGUUAAGUCUAAGGAUCUCCAGAGUGCUAAUAAAACUUUCUUCUAUUUUCAACCAAACAGAUCUUCAGCAGCUGUGUCUAAUUUUUAAACAUAUUCUGAAUGCCGAGUCUAAUGCAUCCAAUGCAAUAACUAAUACCAUGCAGAUCUUCUGUGAGAUCAGUCACAUAAAUAUAUCUGAUACAUUGACUUUUGCCCAACUAAUCCUUAAACAACUACAGAAUUACCUAACUUCAGAUAAUCAGUUUGCUGAAUCCCUUUCGCUAUUACAUACUUACCUAAACUUCAGUGACAGCCUCUCCCUUUCAUUGGCUGAUGAUUUACGUAGUCAAGUUCAUGAUGUAUUACAAGCUCUCCAUUCAACUUAUCUGGAAAUGAUCACUAGUGAUAAAAAUAACACAAAGAUGUAUCUAAAGAGUCUUCUGACCGUGUUUCGACCUGAUUAUGAAAAUUUAUUGCUGACCAAUGUACUUAAUAAGACAUUAAAAGUGAUAGAAGCCAUAGAUGUAUGUAAUGCUUAUUUACCAAACUGUACAGAGACGGUUGUAGAAUUCUUUCGACUGCUGACUGUGGUUACUGACUCAUUCAGUAAUUUAACUCAUGACAAUCAUACUUCAGCGGAGAACCUGCAUGUCCAAGUUGAUAACUUCUUAUUUAGUUCUGAAUUCCAAAACAACAUUCACGUCUCACUAAUAAAAUCUGUAUUUACUCUAAUUCUCUCACUUGAGACUUGCGUAAAUAUAACUUUAUCUGCAUCUGAGAUUAAUUCUGUUGUGGAUACUGCUGUGGAUCUAAUGAUCAAUCUCACAUACACAAAGGAUGUAAAUCUUACUUUUUUCUAUACUCUGCUGCAGUCAACAGAAUUGGGAGGGUAUGACUUUAUCAAUUUUGUGCAUAAAACUGGAGACUACAAUGUAAGUGCAUUGCUUGGUCACAUUAAAAAUCUGUCUGUGCUUAAAUGUAGUAGACAGAAUCUAAUGGACUCUGAGAUGUGCACAUUGGAACAUUUGCUUUACACAGUGGAGCUUUUGCAAGACCUAAGAGUUCCUCAGGUAAUUCAGGAUAGAAUGCACAUUGUAGAAAGUAUUACUAAGUACUUUUUAACACAUUUAAGCAACAGCAGUAACGUACUGCUGCAACUUGAAACCUUCUACAAUUUUACAAGCAGGAUGUUUCAGAAUGAUACCAUACUAAAUGAAAUGCAGCAGCUGCCGAAUAUGAUCAUUUAUACUUUAAGUGAAAUAAAAUUAAUAUUAAAACAUGCAAAUGAAUCCUCAGCCAUCAUCAAGUCAGCUAUAGAGACUGUGCAAGAUAUAAUGCAUUUUUUUACCAUGGCCAACAAUCACACUAAAAGUUAUACCAAACCUGAGGACACCAAUGUGCUUUUGCAGACUAUAGGACACCAUCUCCAAGUGGUUGAGUGGUAUGUUCUGUUCAUAAAAAACAUCACACAACAAUCAGACCUUUCAGAUGCCACAUAUCCUGUCAUGCAGCUUACAGAACUUAUUCUAAUGAAUGUGUUUUCUCAAAUGGAAUCCUCCCCAACAAUUAUUUCUAUUCUCAACUCAUUUUCAGAAUUGCUAAAAUCAGUCAACAGUUCCCUUACAGGACCCGCUCUACAUGAUUUUGUUGAUACCAUUUUUAAAACUGUUAUUCCACGGCUUCAACAUUGGCCAAACCAAACUGCAUCCAUUGUAAACCUUUUGGAAAAGGUAUUUUCUAUGGGCAGACCAAACUCACAUCCAUGGGAUUUAUUGUUUGAUGAAGAAUCACAGAAUCUGUUUGACUUUGCUGCCAUAAUUUUAAAAAGAAACAGUACUUCCCAUGUCUCAAGUGUUUUGCAGAUAUUGAAAGGAGCUCUAGAUCUGCUUGUAAACCUUAGAAGCAAUGAUACUGGGGGAGAAAUGAAUGAUCUUGCAACGCUUGCUCAUUUUGAAAAUUCAGAGAUAGAAAGGCUACUCCAAAUAAUUCAGGAAGGGCUCAAGAUACUGAAAAAUGACAACAUAGAUGUGUCACUAAGCAAGCAACUGUCUAGCCUCUACAGUUUCACCUGUCUGCUCUUUCGGAAUCAUUACAGUUCCAACUAUUCCAUAAAUUAUUUCACAGGAAUAGCAGAAUGGUUGGACCUCAUAUAUAAUACAACAGUUCAAAUCAUAAACACAGCUGAUGUGAAACAAAAUUAUCAGAACUGUUCUACGUUCACCAUGAUUAAAAUGCUGUUUGCUGAAAUGAUGCAGACUGCUGAAGAAAAUGUGACCAUGAAGGAGACAUUAAUGGAAAGCAGGGUGACAACAGGCUGUGAUUUUAAUUUAUUCAUGGCUCUUAAUGGGUCUGUUCACAAUACAGUCUUAGAAAUAUUCAAAGAAAUAAACAGUUACAGUAAUAGAAACAUAUCAUUUCUGAAUGAAAUGACUUUAUGUGCCAUUCAACAAAUGAAGGCUUCGUCUGACAUUCUUCUCAAAUUUAGCAGCGUGUUUCAAUUACGUAAUACUUCCAUUCUGCAAAUCAGUAAUGUUUUGGAGUGGUUUUCAAAAGGGAUGUUAAAACCAAAUGAAUCAUGCAUGCUGAUAGAUGUACAUGCAUCACAAAUGUUGGGCACUAUUUUGAAAACUUAUUCAAGCCCAAUAAAUUUACUGGUAACAUAUAUUUUGAAUCAAACUGCAGUUUCUGAAUCUGAUGAGAGAAUCAGCCAGGUAACUUUGUCUGAAAUACUGAAUAUUAUUCAGCAAUUUAAUAGUCUGCAAAACCAACAAUUAUGGAAUAUUUCAGCAAUUGGUUUAUUCCAGUUCCUUCACAAUGUGACUAACCAUUCUGAAUGGAACCAGUUCCAAGCUGUGUGGUACUUUCUAAAUGAUGUAAUGCAUCUUAAAUGGAAUGAUUCCACUAUUCAAGAAUAUACAAAACUUCUGGAAAUGAUACAAAGUUUACUCGGAUUAAUAGAAAAUCAGUGGGGAUUACAAGGCUUGCAGGUGUGCCAUUUUCUGGAAAAUGUUAUGAAACAGCUAAACAUCUCUGAUCUAUUAACUGAUUUACAGAGUUUAUACAAGCCUUCUCCUUCACCUCUCUCUCAAUAUGACCAACAGCUCCUGGCCACGGUACAAAGAAUCUUUGAGCAUCUCUAUUCCCUUGCUCAAAGCAACUCUACAGUCAGUUCUUCUUGUGAGGUGGACAAAGUCUUUAGAAAUAUUUCCGUAGCCCUCAUGAAUCUGUUCUCUGUGAAUGUAUCUCAUUCCAGUGCUGGAGAUGUACUGAAGGCAGCUGGGAAUGCAAUGACGUGCUUCACCCCACAUCUAUCCGAACAAGAAAUUAUCUAUUUCAAUUCCAUGACAAACAUCCUUGUAAAACUUGGUACUGAUUUGAUGAAUUCCAAUGAAAGUACUACGCAUAAUGUGACUGAAGGCAUUUUAUGGUCACUUCAUUCUACAAAACAGAUUCUAUAUGAUAACACAUUUACAGAGGUGCCUUGGAUAAACAAUUCCCUUCGAGACAGUAUAGAUCUUUUACAAAUUGGUAUGGAAAUAUAUAGUGCAUCUAAAAUAAAGAAUUAUAAUGCAGCCAGAAAAGAAGUACUUGCUUUCAUAGAUAAACUGCAGACAUUGGCAUCCUCUAAUAGUACAGACCCUGCUGUGGAAACAUUCAUGCAAUUAUCAGAAAUGCUGAAGGCAUAUGUUUCCCUAAUUCAACAAGGAGCAUCUGUGGAAACAUUAAUAAAAGAAUUAAUGAACACUUCUUUGAUGUCUAUUGAUCAGAAUUAUAGAGGAAACAUUUCUAACUUUCUUCAGGACUAUUUCUCCCAAAAUGCAAGUGAUCCUUAUUCUGAAACAGUACAAAUCAUACAUUUUUUGGGAAAAUUGGCACAAUUCUUCACCAUCGAGCAACUGAUAAAUACAACAACAGUAUCACCAUCAAUAAUUAGUACACUUGUGAAUACAAUAGAAAGUGUUCUUGGAAACUUCAACUUGACCUAUCUCGAAGCUGUUUGGGCUGGAAACAAAAACAGUAUCAGAGUAAUAGCAGAGAUUCUGAAAACCAUCCUUAGCAAUGAAUAUGAUGUCAGCAGUCCCUCUUCAAAUCAUUUUUUCCAAGGCAAUGCAACUAGCUGGUUAAUAAAGGAACUUGAUAAGUGGAUGUCAGGGGACAGGAAUGCCUUGUCAACUUCCCUAAGUCAAUAUUUUGAGCCAAUAUUUGAAAUUGCCUCAAUUCUUCUUCAGAAGAGCAAUAGUUCAAGUAUUUCUGGAGGAUUAACUACAAUAGAAAGAAUAUUAACUAUGAUAGAGACUGUCAGUAGCAACCCAUUUCAAAACUUGUCAACAUCAGAUAGUCAAAAUCUUAAACAGUUUAUUAACAUAGUUCAGAAAGGUGUUGCAAUUCUUUCAAAUUCCAAAGCAUUUGAUUUAUUAAAUGUCAGUAAUGCAGUGUUUGAGGAUAUUUGCAGCCUUCUUCAACAGGAAUUCUCCAAUCACUCUACUUUCAUUUAUUCAUGGAAUGACUCAUUGCUGAAAUCAAAAACAGUCCAUCUGCUACAACUGUUAAUAGCUCCUUCCCUAAAAAGCGUAAACAAUGAUACUGGUGCUAUGACAAAUUGCUCAGCAUUUUAUAUUCUUCAUCUGAUAUCUGAAAUAUUGCCCGAGAACUGUACAAUGAGAGAGUUCUUGGCUAAAACUAGUGGCAACCUGAAUUCAAGUUGUUUACAUCUUCCAAAUGAAGCAGAACAGAAAUUUACACAACCAAACCUCACCAAGGUAGCUGAGACUACUUUUGAAAUUUCUGAACUGCUUUCAGGCAGUAACAAAACAGAACUCCUAGAGAAUGUAGUCUUGUGUGUUGUCCAACAAACGGUGCAAGCAACAGAUUUUCUGUUAAUACUAAACAAUGCUCUGGAUUUAAAAAAUCCAUGGAUUCAGAAAAUGCAUGAUUCUUUAUCCCAGCUUUUGUCUGUCUUACCAGAGCAGAAUGCAACCUGUGCUACACAAGACAUUAAUGGUAACAUCAUCAAUGCUUUUAAGUCCAUUUUCAGUAACAGUUCUCAACAACCCAGUGUUAUUGAUGAUCUAAAACUGCUUGAAAGUAUCAUAAUACAUAUAUCACCAUUCUUUCCCAUGGAAGUUGGAACAUAUCUAAACACUACAGCACAAGUGAUAUCGAAGCUAAGAAAUGUUCUGUUAGAAACAAAUGGCUCUACUAUUGACAAUGCUGGAGGUAUCAUUUCCAAAGCAUUAUUUGAUCUUUUGACUUCAAUGGACAUCAUUCCAUCAGCUAACAGCACAUGGGUCAAAAGUCUGUUCCAGGAUAUGUCACAUCUACUGCAAAGUACCUUGCACAUUUCAUUCUCAAACCAAACAGACUUUAUGAAAACAAGAAAUGAAACAAUUAUUUUAAUUAAUACAUUGCAAAAUCUUCUGAAAAGAGUCGGCCCUGAAAUAACAGCAAAUAUUUUUACUCAGGUGUCAAAUAACCUACAGCUGUACCUUUCAGAUGUCCACCAAGGUUCUGUACAGGGCAUCUUGUCUGAACUUCUUUUUAAGGCUCAAAGUCAACUUACAGACUUGUCACCUAUGAACAGCACGUUGAAAUUCUACAUCACUUUGCUGAACAAUUUAAAGGAAAUCAUAAAAGCUUCAACCUCAGGGAAUAAUACAAAUAUUUUGGACAUAUUGAAAAUGAUCUUGGACAUGGAUUACACUACAGAUGUACCAGCUUUAGUUAAGAUGUUCAGAGAAGAGAUUUUGAAUGCGGACGAAAUCGUAACUAAUGGCAAUCCAAAACUGAUUGUUUUGACUGUGGCCCAGCUCCUGCAGGAAUUCCUUCCAGAAGAAUACAACCUAAGUAAAGCAUUCAGUGUGUCACAGCAGCUCCUAAAUAAGUGGUUUACAGCAAUUUCAGAAAUGCAGAGUAACCCCAGUAAUUUCACAGAAUGGGAUCUAUUCACCCGUCUUUUGGAAGCACUGAUUUCUUCUGUAAAGGAAUUUCCAGGCUGGGAAACAGUUCAAACCAACCUUUUAAUAGAGAAGGCCAUUGCAGAUAUAACAGCAGAAUAUUUUAAGCAUGAAGCAGAAUUUCUACACUGCAUUAAGGACACCAUAGCCAAUGUCACAAACCAGAUGAUUCACUUUUUCCUUGCCAACAAUGGAACACUUGUGACUUCAGACUUACAAGAAAAUAUUGAACAUAUCAUCUACAGAGUCAUCAGAACUUUCAAACAGGCAUUGUUGACAGGAGAAGAACUGCAUUACAGUGACUUUUUACAACACCUGAACUCCAGCAUUAUCCACUUCAAUAUGUCACAGGAAAGCUGGCCAUCAGAGUGGUGUAAUGAAACUGAUUUAUUCCUUCUGUUUAAAUUAUAUCCCACCACUGAAAAUAUCACCAGUAUUUUGAAUGAUCAGGGAAAGCUAGAAAGCAGAAUAAGCGAUGACUACCUAUUGGCUGCAGAUAUCAUCAACAGCAACAAGAAGUUGUGGCAAACAUCAUGGAACCUGACACAGAGUCUACAUCAGUUAUACUUUGCGAUCAUCAAUGACCCUUUUGAGCCUUUGCAAAACAUAAGCUUUAAUUAUGCGGCAGCAGUGACAGAUCACAUAACAAAUCUUGUGGUGCCAGACGUCGUGUCUGUACUGGGACCUUCCUUGGAGAAAUGCAAAUACUGGCCUAUUAUAAAAAGUUAUUUGGAAACAGCUGACUGGAUAAUCUCCUACACAACUCAGGAUAACAUCACCUUUGCUUUUAACUACACUUCACAGUUUUGUGACAGCUGCAAUACAACCAUAAAGUGGGAAGUCUUCAAUGAAAAGGUGGCUAUGCUCAUAAAGAAAUCAUUGAAGGAUACAGACAUCCAAGAAAGAUUACUUCAAGCAACUUGGCAGUUUGUUUUCAACAAGUACAAUUUCUUACUCAAAAACCAUCCUUACAUGGUGCUACUCGGCAACUUACUUGAGAACAGGACUGAGCAAGCUCUAAUUAACAAUACAGAGAAUCUGCUAAAUGCUACCCUCCAGAUGUUAAUGAGCAGCAUAGAGGAGUCAGAGCAAUUAUCUGCAUAUCAGUCAGAUCUAAGAAAUGUCCUCUUUUACUUGCUGAUGGAGUUUGACAGAUAUAUCCUAAGGCAGCCCUUACAAGAAGAAUCUUAUAACAUAACAAUGCUUCAGACAUUUGUAGAUGCUGUUAAAAUUGUUUUAGAGCAAGUGCAGCAGCUAAGCUUUCUUGAAAAUCAGACAGAGAUCCUUGAGAUGGCAAGUAAUGUAGAACUCAUAACGGAACAAGUAACACAACUGGUCAUGUGGUGUCAAUCAGUCAACAAAACAGACUCAUCAUUUGUAGUGCAACUCCUGCCACAAAUGUCCAAGUUACUGAAUGCAAUUCAGUCAGAAAUUGGCCAGCUAAACAGGACUUCCAAUUUAUCCUCCUUUACCUCCAACUUUCUGCAUUUUCUGGAUGACAUUCGAAAUAUUUACUUACAUGGAAGUAUCUUCAACUCUUCCAAAGAGGCAGAAUCUCUAAUAGUUGCAUAUACCGAGCUGCUGAAAAAGCAUAUAGCAGAAAAUUCUGCCUUAAACACAUAUCUUCCAUUUAUUUUCAAUUCCUUUAAUCUCACAAAGCAAUUAACAAAUAGUCAGAGCAACACAACCCUAGAAUUACUUGCUAAAGUAUAUCAAGCCCUCAUGGAGAGUCUAAGCAGUAUAAAAAAUGGCUCUGAUCCUCAGAUGAAAACAGUACUGUCAAACCUUAUCAAUUUGUUCUCAUGGCCUGCAAGUGAAGUAGAUGGUUCAAAAACUAAGGAACUGCUUCAGUUACUUAAAGUAUUACAAGUAGCCCAACUGUGUCAUAAUACACUGGAUAAUUGUACAAAGUCUGUAGCUACAAUUUACCAAGCAGCAUCCACCAUUUUACAAGAGUUAAGUGGAGACCAGGUGGUCAAUGUGACUAAGUGGAUUAAAUUCUCCCUUCACCUGAGAGAGGUAUUUAACAACUCCUCUGCUCCACUUGACAGUUAUUUUAAGAUUACCCAAACAUUUGUUGAAGAUGCCUGGACAUUUUUGCUACCAACACAUGAUGCUACCUUAAUGCUCAAUGUUCUCUCAAUCCUUAGGAACAUUACAGAAAACCACGAAGAAGACAUUGCUGCAGACCUUUUCACCAGUCUUCUAAAUGAAACAGGUUUGAAUGCAACUAUAAUACCAGAACCUUCUAAACUAGUAUAUGUCCUCCAACAUCUUGAAUAUUUGUUACAAAAGACAGAACUUUCCAGACCAGUGGAAUCCAUUUCCUUGUCAUUCGUUUUACAAAUAACAGAAAAUGCAGUAGAUGUUUUGCAGCUAUUCAAUGUAUCUUUGUAUCAGAAUGAGGCAGCUGACAUCAAGAAGGUCCUUGAGUACUGGCUACAGCUAGCAAAUAGCUAUCAUGAUCCAAGUGAGGAUCUGCAUGGUAUUUAUGAGGUCACUGAGUGGAUCUUGCAAAACAGGAUUUUAAUUUCCAGCUACAUUAACAGUACUUUAAUGUCUCUGCAUGCUAUAAAAUUUUCUUUGCAAAAUAUGACCCUUACACCGGUGUUUGUAAAUGUACUUAAGGAAGUGACACAUGUCAUGGAGUUACUAAAUAACAGGAGUAGACUAACCUCACUAGCAAAUAACUGUUCUUUGGCAAUGUUGUUUGCUAACAAUCAGCUACAGUCACUUCCAAAAGUCCUUGAAAUAUUAAGCACGCAGGCCAAGUUACUGUUGAGUGCAAUCAAUCUCUUAGCUGAGACAUCAUCUCAGAGCGUACCAUUCAUCAUGUCUGAAGAAGCUUUCACCAAUAUGCUUCUGAAUUCCAGUUUACCCUCAUAUGUAGCUUCUCUUGUUAAGUCUGUAUCGCAGUUAAUAUCAUCUUUGAGUUCACCAAAUGAUGAAAGCAUUACUGAAGCUAUACAAGCUAUAUUUCAGAGUGUGGACAAGGUUUUAUUAGCACUGCCCAAUCAAGGCUCAUCCAUUAUAGAUGGCUUGCAACAGAUUAUUGUGUCAGCUUUUGCCACUUCAGACAUUCAGAAACUAACUGAUAUUCUUCACCAUUUUGGUAUUGACAAUCAGUCUCUUUCAACACUCCAUGAAAUCAUUCCCAAAUUAAAAUCUAUAAUAGAGCUGCUGUCUACACCAGACAACCUGAAUCUUACAUCUUUAGUUUCACAGAUUGGCCAAGAAAAUUUGAAAGGGAUUAUGGGUACUAUUAAAGAAGCCACGCUACUCCUGCAAGAAAUUGCAUCAUCAAACAAUGUCUCUGAAAACCUGUUUUAUAAGCUGUACAACUUUACAGCUUUAUUCCUGAGUCAGGCAUCCAAUACGUCUGGCAUGUGGGACAAACCAGCCUUGGGAGCUAGGUUGUGGGAACUAAUAUAUCUGUCUGCUAGUGCUGUGUAUGGGAAUGCCUGGCAGAAAUCUUUGUUUGAAGCAUGUUCUGCUUUGGAUAUCUUUCAGGCAAUAUUAAAGGAAGUAGGAAGAAAUGUCGACUUUGCACAACAGAAUGUCACUUGCCAAGCUAUUGCGAAUAUAUCUCUGACUGUGGUGGACUUCUAUAAUAAUGUACUUUACUAUGUGAAUGACCCCCUUGUAAAUCAAACUGCUUUUGAGGUUCUGAAAGAAAUAGCCAAUGCCACAGAAGAGACCACAUUGUUCCUUGUUAAACUGUCUAGUUUAUUCAAUUCCAGCUGUCCCUUAAUAAAUCAGAUGCAUUAUAUUGUCAGGCUCCUAUCAAAGGCAUUAAAUGCCAGUGACACUAAUAAUUGGCAACAGCUGGUUAACUCUGUCUUUACAAAUCAGACUAGUACCACAAGGUCAUUAAUGUCUGCUCUGUUAAACCAAAUAGUGACCUUUUUGAAAAAUCAACUAAAUGUAUCUAGUAGUAAAGAUUGGACUGUGUCUGGCCUGAAUAAUGUGGUCACAUUUAUGUACCAAAUAAUGAAUGAUACAUCACUGGCAAACCUUAUGAGCAAUGCAGUGCAGGAGAAUGUAGGAAACACAGGUCAAAACAAUUCAGUUCAAUAUGCACUUGAAUCCCUUUACUACCUUCUAAGCCCACGUGUUUGGGAAAAGUUUUUUCCAGAAAAGAUUUUGCAGCACAAGUGGAACUUGACAAGCCAAUCACUGCCCGAUACCAGUGCCACAGAUGUUGAGUUUGUUAAUGCUGCUUUAUAUAAUGCUUUCGUAAACAUUAACAGUAUCCUCCUGACUGAAUUCAAUUCAUCUAAAGAAUUUCAAGUCUACCCACAAGUGUCAGAUGUGACUGAAAAAGCUUGGGAUUUAUUCUCUACUAGCCUCAAAGAAGUAUCUACAAUGAUAUCUAACCCAUCUUUAGUGACCUUGAAUGACACAGUGACAAUUGUACAACACAUCAUUUCACUGAUGUCAUAUCUGACAUCUGUAGGAAAUUCCACUGCUCACUUUACAAAUGCUUCAUUUUAUCCAGAAUCUGCAGCAGAUAUACUCGCCAAAUACUCCAGUACUGAAUUUCUAACAAAGUCCAUCGGUAUUGUUUAUAAUCUCGCAGUUGAUAUCAUGAAGCAGGAUCAGUCAUCCAAACAGAACAAUAUUGGAGCAGAAAACAUUGUUUCUAGCCUUAUUACUGGACUUCAAUUACUGCUUAACAAUUCUGCUGAAAUUCCUUCAGAAAGUUUAGCCAUUAACCUCCUGGGGGUCAUACAAAGUAAACUUCAUGACAUGGCUCAAGUCAACUCUUCCAACUGGAAUAGCAUGCUUUUGACCCUAUCUGAGGACAUUCUAGCAGCAGUUCCUAAUGGUGACAAAUAUGCUACUUUCCUUCGCAACUUGAGUCAGAUUUUAACUUCUGGAGAACAAGGUGGAGGAAACCAACCAACUCUUGCCAGUAUACUGCAGAAAGUGACAGAUCUUCUUAAAGAAAAUGGUCAAUUAGGAAAUGAUUCAUGGAGCCAGUUUGUUAAUGUUUUAAAGAUCGUUCUUAACCAGAACUGGACAUACCUAAAUGAUCGCUUGACUCAAGCUAUAAGAACAGUGAGUAGUGCCAGCUGUGCCACUGUGACUAAUUUUGUAUUUAACACGCUUUUGGAGAACUCAACAAAGAUCAAUUUAAGCAGCGGCAGCAAAUUGAUUCCUGAACUCAGUGAGUUUGAAAAUCUCACUCCAGUACUUGAUAUCAUAAAGAACGUCACUUCAACGCUUAAUUUUUCUGUAGCCAAUUCUUCAAACGGCGAUAUUGGAAAACAAAUGCGUGUUCUGUUUCAGAAUAUCACAACUAUGAAGCAGCAGGCAUUUGAUAUAGCUGGGUUAGACAUGAGCAUCAUGGAUUUGAUAAUGAAACAACCACUUCCCACAGACAUUUGUAAGGUCAUUACCUUUGUCAAAAGAUGUCAAAUGGAAUACCGAAGCAUAAACUCAACCAAUGAUGCCUAUAAUGAAGCUGAAAAUGAGAUACUGACGGCACUCCAGUAUUUAGAUAAUGCUAAAAAGUACAAUUUGUCCAUCACAUUUCUUCAGUAUCUUAACAUUCCACUCUUACUGUAUGAGUAUCUUCUCCCAGAUUCUAUACAAUCUGAAGUAGACACACUUUUACAUUUUCUGCAAAUGUUAAAUGAUCGCCUGGAUGAUUACAACAGUAAACUUCAACUUGGGAUAACAUAUAUAGAUUACGUAAAUAGCCUGUUCGGUAAACAGAAGUCUGCACGGCGAAAAAGAGCAACGUCAGAUAAUGCACUCUAUUCUGUAAUUGCCCAACGUCUGUGCUCUGGAAACAUACAGGCUUUACUUCAAACUGCACUGCCGACAGAACGAGCAGCAGUAGUGACUACCAACAGUACAAGUAUGACAAAUGAGGAACUGAUUCCAAUGUAUGGCUUCCCUUCCAACUCAACUCCAUUCUGUGUGAAUCUCUACCGCAAUGUGGUCAACUCUCCUAAUGGCAAGACUGCUUGGAAAUAUAUGAACCUCCUGCUACAUGGGCAGAUUCUGUUUACACCAGUAACUGACUUGACAAUGAAAAUCAUAGAACAGGCCAAUGCAUCCCUUGCUGAUCUAGCAACCAUGGCACAGGCGUCCAAUGAAUGGAAGAGUGCUUCAGAGUUUUUGUGGUCUGCAAGCCAGCAGAUCCAAUCAUCUGACCAGUUCCUUCAAACAUUUAAGAGUACUUUAAGCAAAGGAUUUGUAAAGAAUCUGAUCAAUGCAAAAGCCAGCCUUGAUGCCGAAGAUCUAGUCAGCAAAAUAGAUGACUUUGCUAAAAACGUUAAAUAUCUCAGCAAGAAUGUUAAUACAAGUUAUAAUGUAGCUGAAUUUGUAAAGAACAUAACUUCUUGCAUAAACCUGAAUCGCUUCAGCAGUGCUGAUAACAUUACGCAACUGAAUUCAUGGGCACAAUCUCUGCUGGAAGGCAACAGUCUGUUUGCUAGUAUAAUUUUUGAUGUGCCACAAAAUAAUACAACACAAAAAUCAUUACCAUCAGGACAAACAAAACUACCCAAACUGGUAAGAUACACCAUCAGAUCCAGUCUUUUGAGUUCAAUGAGAACAAAUUCCAUCAAAGAUACAUACUGGAGCCCAGGACCUCAGAAUUCAGGAAGCAAGAAUCAACUUUAUAACAAAGGGUUUAUAUACCUGCAAGAAUCCAUUGAAAGAGCAAUAAUUGCCCUACAAACUGGCAAAAAUAUUGAUGGAAUAGCGACACAGAUUCAACCUAUGCCCUACCCUUGCUACAUCUCUGAUCGUCUACUCCACAGCAUAUCGUAUUCCUUCCCAAUUAUCCUCAUGAUCGCCUGGGUGUUAUUUAUUGCAUCAUUCGUGAAGAAACAGGUUCAUGAGAAAGAGUUACGACUCCAUGAGUACAUGAAGAUGAUGGGUGUCAGUUCUGCCAGCCAUUUUUUUGCCUGGUUCCUCGAAUGUGCCUUCUUCCUGUUUGUGACUGUGAUAAUUCUGACAAUUAUCCUCAAGGGAGGGAGGAUCCUUCCACAUUCCAAUGGCUUCAUUAUUUUCCUCUACUUACUGGACUACAGUUUCUCCAUCAUUGCCAUGAGCUUCCUGAUCAGUGCAUUUUUUGACCAGACCAAUAUUGCUGGCCUAAGUGGCAGCCUCAUCUACAUCAUUUCCUUCUUUCCCUUCAUUGUCAUGGUAUCGAUGGAUAGUAGCCUAGGCUUCUCAGGGAAGAGUUUGCUGAGUCUGUUUGCACCAACUGCAUUGAGUUAUGCAAGUCAGUAUAUUGCCAGUUAUGAGGAUCAAGGCAUAGGAAUUCAGUGGCAUAAUAUCCAUUUGCCCCCAUCACCAGACAGCUCAGGAAACUUUUCUUGGCUCUGCUGGAUGAUAUUGAUUGACUCUGGUAUCUACUUCAUAGCUGGGUUUUACAUUCGAACUGCUUUCCCAGGGCAAUAUGGAAUUGCUGCUCCAUGGUACUUUCCUUUGAAGCCAUCCUUUUGGGCUGAUUGUUUUGGUUGCAAGAAGCAAAAAGGAACAAGGACAGGUUUGAUGUUCAUUAACAUUGCACUGCAACAGGAAACUGACCUCCAACAUAAGAAAGAUGAUAUUUAUAACAUUUCCAAAAACAUUGAGCCAGAACCCCAGAACCUACCUGUUGGCAUUUCUCUUCAUGGUCUAAGAAAGGAAUUUGGACGUAAAAUAGCUGUUCAUAACCUUAACCUAAAUUUUUAUGAGGGACAUGUGACUGCUUUGCUGGGACACAAUGGAGCAGGAAAAACUACUACAAUGUCCAUGCUGACAGGGCUAUAUGGUGCAACAUCUGGAUCCAUUUUUAUUUAUGGCAAUGACAUUAGGACAGAUCUUGACAACAUCCGACAGAACAUGGGUGUGUGCAUGCAGUAUGAUGUCCUCUUUGAAUACCUCACCACCAAAGAACACCUUUUGUUGUAUGCACAAAUAAAAGCCCCUCACUGGAGUAAGAAGGAGCUUAUGGAUGAAGUGAAAAAGACAUUGACAGAUACAGGUCUCUAUAAUCACCGCCACAAGAAGGCCUGCACUUUAUCUGGUGGUAUGAGAAGGAAGUUAUCUAUAUGUAUUGCUUUCAUUGGUGGAUCAAAAACUGUCAUACUGGAUGAGCCAACCACAGGUGUUGAUCCAUACUCUCGGAGGAGCAUAUGGGAUAUUGUGACAAAGAAAAAGAAAGACCGAACAAUUAUAUUAUCUACCCACCAUCUUGAUGAGGCAGAGAUUCUAAGUGACAGAAUUGCAUUCCUUGAGAAAGGAGGGUUGAAGUGCUGUGGAUCUCCAUUCUAUCUGAAGGAAGUAUUCGGUCGUGGUUACCAUCUCAUGCUCAGUAAAAAGUACGCAUCUCCAGGGACACAGAGAGAGUUCGAUACACAAGCAGUAACAAAGUUUAUACAGAAACAUAUGCCAGAUGCCCAACUGAAAGAGGACAUCGGUGGAGAACUUACCUACAUAUUGCCAUCCUUCUCAGAAGCACGGCCUGGGGCUUAUCAUUCUCUGCUUACAGCACUAGAUACCAAUCUGAGUAAACUGGAUUUGGAAUGUUUUGGGGUUUCUGAUACAACCCUUGAAGAGGUUUUCCUCAGGCUCACUGAAAAUUCUGAUGUAGAAGAAGGUGGGAUUGCAUGGUCCAAAUCCCGAUCAGUAAUAUCCAUCCCAAGUAAUAAUGGUCCAGUCUCUGAUGCAUCUUCAGUGAGCAGUUAUGAUAUUACAGAUGCGGAAGUGUUAACUGGCAUUAAGAAGAUUGGAACAGCACAUCUGGUGAUGAAGCAAGCUUUUGGGCUCAUAAUUAAGCGAUUUCACCACUUCCGACGAGACUGGAAGGGCAUGAUUGCACAGAUCGUUCUCCCUAUUCUUUUUGUGCUUGCAGCCAUGGGCCUAGCUACUGUCAGUCCAAGAAAUAAAUUACCCAAGGUUCAGAUAUGUGCAUCGAUGUAUGGGGGCUCCACGCAAACCAUCCCUUUUAACAGUGUGAAUUUUAGUGAUCCACUGGUCUCUGCAAUGUUGUCACCACCAGGAAUAGACACAACUUGUCUGGAAAAUCCCGAAAACCAAUACUGUUUGAAAGCAAAUAAGCUUGGUACCUGGCCAUCAAGUGGAACACCACCAGCUUCAUAUGGUGAAUGCAACUGCACUGACAUCAAUCAGUAUUGCCCAGGAGUGGACUAUUCCCCACAACAGAUGCAAGCCUUCUCUUCUCAAAAGAUGUAUAAUGUCAGCGGAUACAACAUGCAGAGAUAUCUAAUGGCAACUACGUACAACUUCCUACAUACACGAUAUGGAGGCUGGAGCUUUGGUUUACCACUUCCUAGUUCCCUGCAGAACGACAUUAACCCAGUACCUGCAAACAGAACCCUAGUUAAGGUCUGGUACAACUUAGAAGGCUAUCACAGCAUGCCAGCAUACCUCAACAGCCUGAGCAAUUUCAUACUCAGAGCCAAUUUGCCUGAUCAUGAGAAUGCUAGUGAAUAUGGUAUUUCAUUAUUCAGCCAGCCCUAUGAUGGUCAAAUAUCAACUCAAGAUACUAUGAUUGCGAGCUUAGUGGAUACCCUGGUAGGAUUGUGCAUUCUCCUGGGUUACUCCAUCAUGACAUCCAGCUUUGUGAUUUAUAUCGUGAAAGAGUAUCACAGUGGUGCUAAACAACUUCAGCAUAUCUCCGGCAUGAGGGAGCCAUUCUAUUGGCUAAUUAACUUCAUCUUUGACAUGGUACUUUAUCUGAUUCCAGUGGCAUUGUCUAUUGCAAUAGUGGCAGCAUUCCAACUGCCUUCAUUCACAAGUGGUGAGAACUUGGGUGUUGUAUCAAUACUCCUUAUAUUGUUUGGGGUUUCAACACUGUCAUGGAUGUACCUUCUGUCAGGAAUAUUCAGUAACCCUGAAAUAGCAUUCAUCGUUUAUGUCUGCAUCAACCUGUUUAUCGGCAUCAAUACCAUCAUAUCAACAUCAGUCGUCUACUUACUCACAUUGGUUACAAACAUAGAGAAUAUAUGGUACACAUAUCAAGUUAUCAGACACUUUUUCCUUAUCUUCCCGCCCUACUGUUUCGGGUACGGUCUGAUGCAGUUGUCUCAGCUGCAGAGCAAUAAGACCGUCAUGGCGUUCUUUGGGUACACUGACACUGCAAGCCCGUACGACCUGGAGGAAUCAGGCUGGAUGAUACUGGCUUUAGGCAUCCAAGGGGCUGUGUUCUUCUCACUUCGUCUGCUCAUCAAUAAACGGUCACUCAGAAAAUUCAGAACUCUGUGCAGGAAGUUCUUUAAGAAGUACCUUCCCAGACCACCACAGAUUUCAAUUUCAAAAACUGAAGAUCAGGACGUGCAGGCAGAGAGAGAACGAGUGAAAGGAGGCGGGGCAUGCACUGACCUACUGCAGUUAGACCACAUCAGUAAGACCUACAAGCAUAUGACUGGAAGGAUUAUCACUGCUGUCAAUAACAUCUGCAUCGGCAUACCAGUCGGAGAGUGUUUUGGUCUGCUUGGUGUCAAUGGAGCUGGAAAAACUACAACAUUUAAAAUGCUGACUGGUGAUAUCCAUGCUUCAAGCGGCCGGGCACAGAUCAGGAAUUUUGAUGGGACUAUGAUUGACAUUACGGACAACAAAAAAAUUCGGAUUGGAUACUGCCCUCAAGUGGAUGCCUUGGAUGACCUUAUGACAGGGGAGGAGCAUUUGUUCUACUAUGCCAGACUGCGGGGCAUUCCAGAGAAGCACAUUAAGGCAGUUACAUACAAGCUCAUUGAAAGACUGGACCUUGUACCGCAUAAGAGUAAACCUGUCCACAUGUACAGCUGUGGCACUAAGAGGAAGCUAUCAACAGCUCUGGCAAUUCUUGGAAAACCACAGCUGCUGUUACUGGAUGAGCCAAGUUCUGGAAUGGAUCCUAAAUCAAAACGCCACCUCUGGAAAAUUAUUUCUGAAGAGCUACAGAAUCACUGUGCUGUGGUCCUUACUUCUCACAGUAUGGAAGAGUGUGAGGCCCUUUGCGGCAGACUGGCUAUUAUGGUGAAAGGAGAGUUCCGCUGUAUCGGCUCCUUACAGCACAUUAAGAACAGAUUUGGAAGUGGCUACACAGUGAAGUUGCAUCUUACUCGUAAAAUGGAGAGAGUUGAUACAUUAACAGAAUUCAUGCAACAACAUUUUCCAGGCACAGAUCUUAAGGACCAUCACCUUAACAUGGUUGAGUACCAUGUGCCAGUUUCUACAGGAGGAGUGGCAAUCAUAUUCCAGCAGCUUCAGACUAAUAAAACAUCACUGAAUAUCAAAAACUUUUCUGUCAGCCAGACCACACUGGAUGAGGUAUUUAUCAACUUUGCAAGUGACCAGACAGACCCAGAAACAGACUCUGAAGUGGUUUCACCUGUUGAAAAUGUUGACAUUUAAUUGAAGACAUCUGAUUUCUUCCUUAUGUGAAUUUUCCUAUUUAUGGCCUCUGACUUUAGCAAUGCAAUUUUCAACAUAUUGUUACUGUGAUCAUAUGUUAUUAGUUAACAUUUUAACUGGUUAUAAAAGUUACUUUGUUACUGCUAAAACUGUUUACAUUAUGAAGUAGGCAUCAUGUUAAAAGUAGCAACAGGAAAAUUUGAGAGCACUCAUUAAUGGCAGCACUAAAACACUUUAUAGUCUGCAAUGUUGUUGCAUUAUUUGUUACAAUGUGCCAAACAUGAAAAAGCUAUAAUGAUUAAGUAUGCUGAUCAACAUUUUGUUUACUAAAGUGAUCCAUGCAAAAUAUUAUUUUUUUAAAAAAAGAAUUUUAACUGAUCUGAAGUUUAAGUCAGAGUUACUUUAUUUAAUGCAAGUGAUGCACAACUUUAUUAGCACUGUUUAUUUUGUACAAAACUUAAAAAAUAUUAUCAUAACAGUAAUCAUUUGAAAUGGAUAGACUUGAAUAGGCAUCUGCAUAAUGUUAUUUUUCCAUAUGAUAAAAAAUUAAAUAUUUUGCCGAGAAAUUAACAUGCAGGCUUGAAUAACUUGGACACUGCUGAGCAAUAAAAGGCUACAAAUGUAUUUAUUACAGGAACAAUGGUACAAGAGUUCAUAAGUGCACUGUGAAUUUAAAGAAUAAACUUUAUAGGCCAGACACUGUUGUAUUUGAAUGAAAAUACAUCUGGUCAAAAUCAAAUAAACUGGACUGACUUUUCAAUCAAAA